AAUUUCCUUCGAAGAGCAGAACACCCUAGUUCAGAUGCUAACUUGCAUUGCAUGCACCCAACGCGACAUUAGUUGCCCUGCUCACAUGUUCAGUACCGCUACGCUCUCUGCUUCGACUCCUCUGCUCUCGCGCUGUUUACACAGGAGUCCCCGCAAGGUCCGGUGUCAUAUACUAGGUCAACAGCGCGCUUUGAGCACCGUAGUGCGAAGGAGUCGGCCUUCUCGAGCCCUUCGAUUCCCCGCAAUGCCGAUCAUGGGUCUCCAUUCUAGCAUUCUGACUUGUCGCUAGCGUGCGCCCAACAUUUCUCAUUCACUGCGCUUUUGCGAGGGAGGCUCGUCUGAGGACGGCUUAUUCAAGGAAGGCGUUACUCGUCCAUAGCGACCCGACUCAACGAGGGUCCCCUUAUCCAGUGCUUUCGUGAAUUAUCUCCUUCGCCUUCUCCAACCCGCAUCUCACGGAACGCCAUGCUCGCGCGCAGAUAGUAAUGCGCAUCCAUGGCCGCCUUGCAGCUAUUGCGCUAGGCUGUUCCGCCAUGCUCUAAGUACUAGUGCCCGGUUCUCGCUCCAGUAGACACUAUUUUCUUUUAGGACUAAAACAGGAGUUUACAUAGGCUCUUGUUUUCGUUUUCCAGAGAUUAGGGAAUCUCUGGUGAGCCCGAAUCACUACCGGGGAUCCGGGAGGCUCGUUUACCAGCAGGCGCUAUGAUGGCCAAGCAUAGAUUGCCGACCAUCUUCAGCGUGAAUCAGGGCCGUACGAUCGUCGCGGCGAUGGACGGCUGCGAGAUGUGCAUCGACGCGCUGCGCGAUUUCGUGGAGGAGCGGAUGCGGAAGCACGACGACCGUCUGAUCGUGGCGCUCUAUCACAACCGCACAUCGUGGCGGUCCGCGCUCCGCAUGCCCCGAGCAGACUCCAUAAAGGACGGCGAGGACACGGACAGCAGCGACCGGGAGCAGGCGCUGAAAGAGCUGAUGACGGCCACGGGGACCAGCGGCCCGCACGCGCCGUCUGUCAGCAACGUGUCGACCAUCGGCACGGGCACCGCCGUGAUAGACGAGGCCACGGCGCCCGUGCUGCUCAAGCGGCUCAAGUGGGACGGGGACGCGAAACAGGCGCUCAGCAGGCUGGUGGGAGUCUCGAUAGAGAAAAAGGUUCGUUUCGAGGUGGCCCUGUUGGAGUCAAAAUCCGUCGCCACAGCGGUGGUCAGUUUCUGCGACAUGAUCUCAGCGGACGUGCUCGUACUCGCUACAAGCCGCGGCAUCUCGAAGCACGAGUUGCAGCAGAACACGAUCCAGAAGGUGCUGUCCAAGAUUGGCCACGUCAGCCACACCGAGCUGGCGCACCACUGCAGCAAGAACGCGCCGUGUGCGGUGGUGAUCAUCUCGGAGCAUGAAGAGGAAGAGGAGGAGGGGUAGCACGGUUAGUGGGGGUGCAAAGGUUGAUGAGGGUGCUUCUGAGAUGCCUCAAGAACGCACCGUGCGUGGUCGUGAUUAUAUCGGAACAUCAAGAGGAGUAGGGGCUGCACGGUGCUGGGCUGGGUAUAGCCCAAGGAUAUUUUCAUAAGGCGAAGUCCUUGUAACAGAGUGCUUGAUAGCACAGCGGAAGACUUGAGUUGAACCCUUGUACUGGUAUGUGAGAACACGUGAUUGAUUAUAUCAAAAGGAUACAAGGUACAUAUAAUAAUUCAAUUGAUUAUGA